GGAUCUGGAUCUUGCUUAAAUACGAGAUGGAGAGAGAAAUCGGGAUCAUGGAGUUUCGUGUCUAAUUUUGGGGGCAAUUCGAAAUCUGGCGGGUGGGAUGGAGUCGGAAGGGCAAAGGGCGGCCUCGAAUCCCUCGGCCAUUCUCGCGGCCCUGGUGAACAAGAGAGAGAAGCUCCAGGAGGAGCUCCGAAGCAUCGAGAGGCAAGUCUAUGACUUAGAGACUACCUACUUACAAGAUUCGAACCAGUGUGGUAGUGUAUUGAAGGGCUUUGAAGGUUUUUUAUCUUCAUCUAAGAGCAAUACCAACCUAAAGCGCUCCAGGAAGUUUCAGCCUGAAGAAAGGCUAUUCUCCUUGUCAUCUGUUACCUCGCCAGCUGUUGAAGAGCAUGUAGCUGGAAGGGAUGAUGGAAGGUCUGACUAUGGUCCUGGACGGUCAAAGGGUGGAAGCGCUCAUGCAAAUGGACAGGGAAAACCGAAGAAGGGUGGAAGAAUAGUAUUGAGAGAGGGAAAGAGAAUUCGACCAUCAAGUGAGCUAGAAUUAGAUGAUGAAGAUGAUCUUGACAUAACUAUGAGAUAAUAUAUCAACUUCAGUUUGGCAAUUUAUGGCAAUAUGAAUUCAGUCUUUGCUGUAGAUUUUAUUUAUCCAUGUUGGUCAAUUCAGCUUAUCCGAUGUAAAGACUUUAUUUUUGAAUUCUAACGUUUGAUUUCAGAGAUUUACCUCAUGAGGCCAUACCUGGCCUGGUAUGAUGGUUAACCAUGGGCUAUCAGUUGUAUUUGUUGUAUAAAUUAGUGUACUGUGAACAUUAUCUACCGUUUUUUUUUCUUUUGUUA